AUGAUUGUUUUUCAGAUUCUGGUGCCUUGUCCUGAAGAUGGACCAAGUGAAAAAGAAGAGAUAUUCAGAAUUGUAUCUGUUGAAAACUCCACUUUAGAAAAGGCUUUGGAGAACUAUCAAGAAUCUCUGGACCAAGCUCUGAACAAAGAUUCUCUGAAGCAAGCCCUGAGCAGAGUGAGUGUGACUCUGGAUCCAGACACAGCAUCCCCAAAACUCUUUCUGUCUGAAGACCUGAAGAGCAUGAGAAGGGCAGAAAAGAAGCAGGACCUGCCUGACAACCCAGAGAGAUUCGACAGUAUGCCCUUUGUGCUGGGCCGUGAGGGAUUCACUUCAGGAAGACAUUGGUGGGAUGUGGAGAUUGAGAUGGUAGAGAAGGCUAUGUGGGCUGUGGGUGCUGCAAAAGACUCUGUCAGGAGGAAGGGUCCAUUCAGACUUAAUCCUAAUGAGGGAAUAUGGGCUCUGAAGAAGCAGUUUGGUGACUCUUCACCUUUUGAACUCAUGGCUUUGAACUGCCCUGAGCCAAUAACAUUGGCUAUGAGGCAACAGCUCAAGAAAAUUCGGGUGGCCGUGGAUUACGAAGGGGGUCUGGUGGAAUUUCUUGAUGCUGAUACCAACAGAUUUAUCUUCACUUUCUAUUCAGGAUCAUUCUCUGGGGAGAAAAUCCGCCCCUUUUUCCAUUUGGGGUUGGAAGUCAAUCUGAAGUGCUGAAUCUUGUGAGGGGAGAAGCACCACCAGCCCUAGUCCCACCGCUCUGAGAGGAGGUGACAUUCUAGAACUUUCUCUGUGGUUGCAGAAGGGCCAGUCAAAGGGCUAGAUAGCCUCAAAUGGUUUUCAAGUGGGAUUUCCAGAUAUUAGAAUCUUCCACCUGCAAAAAUAAAUAAAUAAAUAAAUGCAGGGUUAGAGAAUACCUUUAGUUGUACCUUGAAAUAAUUGUUUGUUCUAUCCCAAGAAGUUAAAAAGAUGCAACAGUACAUUGAUAAAUUUGGGGUAUUGAUCCAAUACCUGCCAGAGAGAGAGAAAUCAACAGGUUCAGGCAUUGCCAUCACUGCAUCUCUAUCUUUUGAUUUUUACCUGUCAUGAUGACUCAUGAGACUUUUAAAGGCACUUAAAGCCCUGCCUGAAGAACAGAUGU